ACUGUUAGGCUGUGUAGUCCCAAGACUUCAUUCUUGCGACCUGUGGCGCAUAUGCUCUUUGUUUAAGGACUAUAUUCGUCAAAACGUUAUUACGCCUAUGGCCUCCAGCGGUUCUUACAUUCCGAAUGGCUGAGUCUUCGUAUUAUCCAUGAAAAUAAGCCUAGAGUAAAUGGGUACGCUGCACCGUUAGUGGCUCAUUCGCUGGAAGAUUUCGAACUUCACAGGCAGAAGCUUAGAUACUAGGCUGAGUGCCUCAGUUCCGGGACCACAUCUUUCUCUUUCCUAACCCUUCCAACCCUAUAAAUUCACCGGUUCUUGGGUAUAUCUACGCCAUAUGUGGGAGGAGUUCCAUGAGAUUAAGCGGUAUAUUAGGACUGUUCCCUUUGGUAGUGGAGCUCGGAAGCUUCAGAAUGCAUGCUCCACCUAAACUAGGGAAUUUUCAGUGGGUUCCUGACAAUAUUAUGACCUGCGCGCUGGAGUCACGAACAAGUUCUGCAGUGCAUCAACGGCUGCAGGGGGAGGGAUACAAUGAUGCUCAGGAAACCGUAUUGCUGAUUUGGGGGGCUGAAAUUUCCAACGACCCGAUCAACCUGGGCAUAGCGUUGUGUGCUAGUAAUCUCUCCCCAUUCCCGCUUCCUGCCUUCGGGAUUCUCGUUUCUGGAAGCGUUUGUGGGUCCCAGCGAAAUGUGUUGGCGUGUGAAUGCCAGGCCGGGAUUACAUUAUAUUAUAUUAGCAACUGCAGUCCACCAGAAUCCCGGCCAAAGUUUCCCAUCACCAGCUUCCUUAAUCUGUUUUGUGUCUUCCUGCCAAAACGAGCUCUCUUCCAGGAAAAGGGAGAAUGCGGUUGGAGUGUACGCGUAAGCGUAACGUUGUGUUCGACGGGUAACUGAGUUGGACAUCAUUCCUCAUUGUUUUUUUGUGGACCGCUUUUUCUGUAUAUGCUUUACCUCCCACCUGAACAUCCCUGAACGAAUUGCAACACUUACAUGGAUAUCCUCCGUUCGAUU